AUGUCUAAUGAUAUAAUCCAUUCAACUCCUUCUCCUUAUUCAGAUGACUAUGAUAAAAGUGUAAUCAUCGAUCAGGUUUAUGAUCAUCUUCAACGCCAAUUAAAGCUCCAACAACAAGAACUAUUACAACAUAAAGAAUCAUUCAUAAAAGAUAAUUCAUACUUACAAACAACUCCUAAUCAAAUAAAUACAUCUCUGAACUUGAAUUGGAGUUUCACUCAAGGCCUCAUUAUUGGUCAAUUAAGUGUGAUUUUUGUAAUUGGAAUUUUUAUCAAAUUCUUCGUGUUCGCUGAUUCAACAACAAUUUCUCCUAAAACUUCAAGUAAAGAUGCUUCUAAUGUAAUAGUUAAAAGAGAUAAAGUAAAUUCUGAAAAGCCAGAUAAAGAUAAUGAUCUAAUUGAUAGUUAUUUAUCCGAUAACGAAGAUGAACAUGUUAAAGUUACCAAAUCUAAAUUAGCAAGUAUAUUAGAAAAAACAUACUAUGACGUUGAUAAUCAUUCUUCGGAAUCUUUAGAUUGGUUUAAUGUUUUAAUUGCCCAGACAAUCUCCCAGUUGAGAACGGAAGCUCUAUUAUCCGAUAACAUUUAUCAUUCUUUAAACGAGUUCUUAUCUAAACUGGAGUUACCGGAUUAUCUAGACAAGAUUAAAAUUACUGAAAUUGAUAUUGGUGACGACUUCCCGAUUUUUUCAAAUUGUCGUAUAAGACACAGUAAAGACGGGUCUGGCAGAUUGGAAGCUAAGAUUGACGUGGAUUUAUCGGAUACUUUAACCUUGGGUAUCGAUACUAAGUUAUUAUUGAAUCACCCUCGUCCAUUAACAGCGGUUUUACCAGUGCAACUAUCAGUUUCUAUAGUAAGGUUUUCGGGUUGCUUAACGGUUUCGUUAAUUAAUACCAAUGAUCCAGAAUUCACUGAUAUAAGCCAGGGUAAUAACUUAUCAAAUAAUAACAAGGACCAUGAUUCUUCCAGUAAUAGUAAUGGUACGGCUUUAAUGUUUUCAUUUUCUCCCGAUUACAGAUUGGAAUUCACCGUUAAAUCAUUAAUAGGUUCAAGAGCUAAACUACAAGAUGUUCCUAAAAUCUCUUCGUUAAUUGAAAAUAAAUUACGUAGUUGGUUUAUCGAACGUUGUAUUGAACCAAGGUUUCAGGUAGUUAAAUUACCUUCAUUAUGGCCAAGACGCAAAAAUACCAGAGAACCAGUGCAUUCAAAUGUUAACGGGAUCGUCGAUAAAACUGAAGAAGCAUUAUAA